GCUCCCCGGAUCGCCGCAUCAGGAUGUCGCAGCCGACCUUGAACUCCAGCUUCAGCGGCAUCAACUUCGCGGGCGUCAACCGGGGUAGACUCUCGUAUUCCAGCCUACGGAACUCCGGGGACACCAGCAUCAACCUCCAGAUCAAGGAGGAGAUCCUGUCGACCCCGAACGUGUACACCCUGGCCAAUGACGGGGCCGGGGAGAGAGGCUCCAUCGUCGCGAACGACCCUGCGAGGAAUUUCUGGAUGCGCCAGGAGUGCACUCCCACCAGGAGGGAGAGGCUCUCGCAGCCAACGCUCGCCAUUGGGGACCACUACCCUGGCCGCAGCCAGCAGAGGUAUUCUCAGCCCUGCCUAACCGUGGGUAGAGAGCCGGUCCAGGUCCUCAGGUCGCCGAUCCAGCAGAAGAGGUUCGGCUCCCCCGCGGUGAAGACGAAGCAGAGGGACCGGCUCAUCCAGCUGGAUUUCGGCAUCAGUCGGUAUAGGACCCUGAAGGACUUCCCGGCGACGUCGAACAAAUUCAACCGGGACAGGUUCUCCAUCCCAGAGCUGGAGACCUCAAACGACCUGCGGCUCAUCGCUGGGACGCCGAAGCAGAGGUUUAGCCUGGACAGUUCCCUGAACUCGGACGCGGCGAGGUCGAGGCUGCUGCCGAUCGCCAGCUCCCCCAUCUCGGAACAGCAACAGCAGGUCAAGCCCUCGGACAAGGUCAGGCUUCCCGUGGACACCUUCGAGAACAUCAUCAGGACGAGCGCCGGCCCCGUUCUGGGGGUUGGGGAACUCAAGCGAGAGAAGCUCGUCCCUUCCUUGCCCCCGACCACGAAGACGGGCCUGCCGGCGAACAGAGAGAGGAUGUCCGUUCCGGAAAUCAGGAACUCCAGUCUCCGUCGCCUCCUGGACUCGCCCAUAAAACAGAGGCACAGCCUCGCCGGGAUCCCGAGGCAGGCGUUGCUGCCCACGAUUGAGCUGCCCGAGGUCAUUUCCGGAAAAUCCACGAAGAACGUCCUGGAGAAGAUGUCGGUCCCCGGAGAAAAGGAACCGCCGAGGACGACCUCCGACCCUCCGGAGGCUCAGGACGAACCCAGACACAUUCAACGACACUACUCCUACACCUACGACGUCGUGGACAGCCACAACGUCCCGCUCUCCAGCAAGUUCAACUUCUCCCUGCUGUCCAGGAAGAAGUACCUCGAGAGCAACUUCGACAAGAACGAGCAGAUCGUCACCACGGUUCUCGAGACCGAGAUCCCGAUGAUCCUGAGCAGUCCCAAGUACACGAAGAGGACCCGAGUGUACUCGGCCAACGACAUGCCCAAGUGGAUGAAGAAGUGCCUGGAGAACGAGAACUCCAGGAAGGACGCCGCCAUCGAGGAGGAGAUCAAAGUCAACGGGGCACCGGAGGAUCCGAGGCGAGUACUCGCGAACUUGCGGAAUGGCAUCUCCAAGGAAAGUCAUUUGCAUACUGCCGAGGUGAAACUAGUCCCUCACUCGAAGACACCCCGCGACUCUUCGGAAACCACUUACGUCGCCACCGAGUCCUUGAAGAGCGUCGACAGGAAAGUCGAGGCCUUCGUCGACACGAAGGAGAGCUACACUGGGUUCUUCGACGAUUCGGAUUCCGAAGACUCCACGUCUAUAUAAAUAAAUAAAUUAAU